GAAAAUAGGACCCCUCAUUGAAGCAAACAACAACUUAUACAAUUCACUACAUUUUCACAGACAUCAGUCCUUACCGUCUAAAGUUGAUCUAGACCAACAUGUCUCCUCCUUCAGCUACCACUGCUGUCCCACCACCCGCCUCAAACGGCAGCAAACCUCAUGCCAAGACUAUUACCACAACACCACCAACUGUCUAUCCCAAGGCAGAUGGGUCCAACAUCCCCGCCUGGGUGAAACCAGACCUCACACGCCUCCUCCGCGUCGAGCGUAACCCGGGCUCCUUCGCCAGCCGCUCCAUCUCCCUCGUCUCGCUGCCCGCCAACUCCAUCUUCGCCCGCAUAACAACCCCGACCCCCGCCGUCGUCGCCUACUCCUCCGUGCAAGCCUCGCGCGACCUGCACAUCGAGCUGAACUGCGACCUAGUGUACAUCAACCACUCGUGCCGGCCCAGCUUGGUGUUCGACAUGGCACGGUGGGAGGUCCGCGUGGCGCCAGACAGGGACUUGAAGGAGGGCGACGAGCUGACGUUUUGGUACCCGAGCACCGAGUGGAAGAUGGCGCAGCCGUUUGAGUGUGGGUGUGGGGAGAAGGGGUGCAAGGGUACGAUUAGUGGCGCGGGGGAUAUGAGCGAGGAUGUGCUAGGAGAGUAUUGGUUGAACGGACAUGUUGAGGAGAUGUUGGAGGAGAGGAGGAAGAAUGGCGCGUAGAGCUGGGGAGUUGUCAUUGUUAAGGGUGGCGAUUUGUUGAAAAGUUGGUAGACGGAUAGAGUAGAAAGAUGUGCUUGAAC